AUGACCUCACGUACGGGCAAACGGCCGCUCGAGCCGCAGUCUCGCGUGGAUAGCCCUCCGAGCAAACGGAACCGCGCACACGAGCCGCGGUCAGCGCUAUCAGACAAAGCCCGUUCACUCACCAUUACGUCGUUGUCGUCGCCGUUGUCACCGCGUGUGGCAAAACCCGUCAUCAAGAUUCCUAGUCCCCCAUCAUCGAGGAAAACCUCAUGUACUUCGCUGCCAACCAACACUCCAGUGGGUCCCAAAGGAACGUUUGAUCGUAAAUCAGUCGAUUCCGUUCCUGCGAGACGUCCUCAAGAGAAACCUAGCCGAGCCGACCAAGCGUCUAGGCAUGAUGCACCCACCAGGUCUCCUACUCACCUAGGCAGCGGACCAUCUACCCCUACUCAGCGCAAUGCACCUCCCGCCCCUUCUAUGUUACCGGUCGAGUCAAGCUCACACGCAAAUCCCACGCCACGUCCAGACAAUCCUGUCAACGACCGCAAACCCAUUACUAUGCAAUCACUUCGCAAACUCCGGGACAAGCGACAAGCUAUAGUGGCACAGGUCAGCCCAAGUGAACUGUCCGCCUCAUCAGUCACUCAAGUAGAGUUCAAACUCGAAGCUCAGCAACUGGAAAUCAAUCAACUGAAAAAAGAACGAGAGGAACUCAAUAGCAGAUUAAGGAAUGUGGAGGCUGUAUUCCAAAACUCUAACUGUUUAACAAACUUCACAGAGCAGCAAGAGUAUUCUUCGGAGGCCUUGCAACCCAUACUCACCCGCUUAGAUGUGCUUGAGAAAUCUUUGCUAGUUACCAAAGAAAAAGAUUCACUUGAGCCUGUGGAAAAUCGACUAGCAGCAGCAGAAGUUGGAUUAUCCAGUCUCCAAAAACGUCUAGAACAGAUAGACCCCCUUUCGAACCAAGCCAAUGCAAGUCUGGCCACGGCAGCAAGCAACGCUGUGACCAAGAUAUUUGCUUCAGAAAAUGGAGUGCCCACGUUCAUCAACGAUAGGCUGAAGACGCUAGUGGCGGACAAAGUCAGCGAGAAUGCUGCGGACAUCAAGACCUCAAUACGUCGGGAAAUGACCGAGAUGGAAACACAGUUGAGCAAACGUAUAAUGGAUGAGCGCAGAUUACUUCAGAGUACUUCAGACAAGGUCAGGGAUAUGAAGGACUUGUCAGCAACACUAAAAGGCAUCCCUCAGCAACUACAAGGCAUCCGCAACAUUGUUUCCAAGAUCCAGUCAACCUCUGACGCGACACAGCACAAAGUCAAAGAUAUUGAAGAAGACAUUCAGGCAUUCCAGCAUCAUCCAAGGAUCAUCGAGGAUCUAAAAACAGAACUGGACAAGUGUGCAAACUUUUGUAAAGGGCUAGCGAGGAGGGAUCUGCCACGUCUUGAAGACUCAGAGGAAAACACAAGCCGGCGCCUGAAGAAGCUUGAGGAAAGCAUACUCGAUCAUGCUAGACCUGACGACACCGACGGAACAACUUUGUCACGGUCAAUGAGGCAGCAUACAGUCAUCAGACCAGUCGACGUUAGCAGCCUUGCUACACGUAUAGAUAAUCUUGAGAGACCAUCACCAGGCAUCUCUUCUUCCAGCGUAAACUCUCUUGCACAAAACGUAGAGCAGCUCGCUAAAGAUUUCCUGAGCUUUCAAACUGCCCAGAAAGAGUCGAGAAGCCUAGAGACAAAACUAGCGGACGUUAACAAUCGACUCGAAAGUGUUGAGCAAGUCUCACAGAAAUUCGAGGCUCUAAAAGAGGAUAUUGUGCUAGACGAAUCUCUUAAGGCUAGUCUCGCUGGACUAGAUCAACGCGUUUUGGAAGAACUUCGCGUUGUACGAGCAAAACUGGAUGCUAAGCUCACCAAUAUUCAGCUACUUCAGUCUAGCACUUUGUCAGAGACUGCGCCUGCAAAAGCGGAGAACGAUGAUUUGUCUGUCAUGACCAUCAUGAGAGCCCUCGAGGAUCAGGUCAAAAUCCUACAGACUGAAGUCGACUCGCUCUCUGACGAUUUCAAUGAAACCGGUCAAAAGCUUCACGAGCACUCUACUGCCAUUGCUAUUAUGAAGAAUCAAGUCCCUGAACUCUUCCGGCAGCAGUUCGACCCGUUCAAGUCUAAGGUUGAAGAGCAGCUCGGCACUAUCCAUGGAAAAUUGAGCGCACAUACCAAUGACAUUGACAUUUUGAAGAAUGUCAUGUCUUUACUCCAGACAAAGACUUUGUCGAAUACCCAAGCGCUGGCAACGAAAGCGGACGCAGAUGCUGUGGGAACACGGACCGACAGCAUUUUGUUUGCAUUGAAAGACCUCGAGCAUCGAUACCAAAACAUUAGCACGGACGAAAUGUACCAGAAAAUGGUACAUUGGUUUGUGCAGAUGUAUCCAACAAGUGCAACUUUGCUGAGAGACACAGUACGACUUCAACAAGAUGUCAACCAAAUCAAAUCUUACUGCAACGACAUCUCAUGGGUUCGGAGACGCUCCGAAGUUCUAGUCGAUUUGUGCCAGAAUGCUGGGCAAUUGCAGGUCCUUGCAAAAAGUGCUCCACAGCUACAGGCCCUCUGUCGACAGCAUUCCCCACAAGUUCAGGACAAGGUCCAACAAGCACUAGUUGAAGUUGAACAUCGUCUUAAAAUCGACAUCAAUGAGCUAAAGAUGAUGAAGAACUCUCUUGAGCCUCAGAUGUCUCAAAUCGCCAGGCAGAUCGCUGACAUGCAAAUGUCGGCGUACCAGCACCGGCGUGAUUUCGACACGAUUAAGGAUACCCUGAUCGAACCUAAUAGAGACUUUUUUGGCCUAUUCGGUACAGCUCUUGCCGUCUUGGCCCAAGUCCAACAGGUUGUCGAAAACUUGAAUAAAAGCAUACCCGGCUCCUCGCUAACGCUGGACUGGGAAUGCUACCUGCCAGCACUUGUUGAACAAUCAAAGGCAAACACCAACUCUGGUAUCAGCGCGGAAAAUGGCAUGGGGAAUCAAUAG